ACGAUGAAAUAUUUCGCAUGGUUUUUUUUUAACUUCGACAUAUAAAUUAAGUACGUUUUGUGGUCUAUUCUAACUUCAUGUCGAUUGUUCCAGGUAUAAAUAAUUAAAUACUUGUUACUUAAGUAAAAUUCUUGUUGUUUCAGAUUUUAGCACCAUGUCCACCGACGCCGAUGACGAAUACUUAGAUGACCCGAUCUCAUUGUUGACUAUUGAGGACAUCAAAACAGAGAUUAUUGAUGAAGAUCAAAUCAUCGAUGUCAGUUCCGACACUUCCGAUGAAGAGGACACAUGCACUUCAGCCUACGGGAAGAAGAACUUUGUACUGCCGGUAACAUUCUUUGAUAUAUCUAGAAACGUAAAACUGCUCAACAAGUGUAGGCCACUGAGCAUUAAAAUUGUUGACUGCAAACAACAUCCCACUUAUUACACCAAAGAACAAAAUCCAUGUGGAAAUAGCCCCGAUGAAAGUUGUGUAGGAAUUGAAAAUAAAUGCGACAGUAACAGUGAAACAAACGUGCACAAUGUUAAUGCCGAACCGAUUGAAGGCGUCGGUGAAAAGUUGAUGAACGAAGGAGAGAAGAAACGUAAGCGUAGUGAUGCUUUCUAUGAGAAUCUAAAGAAGCGCAAAGAAGAGAGGAAACGAAUUGCUCUAAAGUGCAAAGAUUUGAGUCAACUUGAUUUUAAAAGAAACACAGGACUCGUGGGGUUAAAAAUAACAGAUAAUAUUUUCAAACUAAUUGUAAAUACAGAAAAGGCCAAGAUUAAUGCUAAAUGUAACGCUGUUGAAAAUAAACCUCAGGAUAAAAGUCAAAAUGAUGCAGAGAAACCGUCAAUAACCUCGAAAAUUAUCUCUCCUGAUAGUAAAUGCAAGGGACAUCAUGAUAGCAUUGUGGAAAAGACACUGCCUGUGGGAAAGUGUAUAAGCAUUGAAAAGAAAUGUGAGGACAAUCAUAAAAAAGAUAACCGUGAUUCACAAAAGAAGCAAACGACUUCCAACGAUAACUAUAAUUUACAAUUAGCACAUGCUACAGAAAAUCUGCCUACAAAUCAGCGUACAUACGAGGAAAAUAAAUGGCAUGAUAAGAAUGAAAAGGACAUACAAAAAACAAACCUUAUCUCCAAAGCCCUUAACAACGAUAAAAAUAAAAGCAAAGAAAAGAUUGAAACUACUGCAGACAAAGAAAUAAAUAUAAACACAAAAUCCAUUGAUAAAUGUAAAGACAAAAUAGACGCUACAAUUAGAAACCAGCAUAACUCUAAAGGAGGAAAGUCUAAGGAGAAAUUAUUUGAAAGUAGUAAAUAUAUGAAAAAAAUUGGUACCGCUUUGGACAACCUUGGAACCUCUAUUAUACCGCUUGCAAAUGAUCGUAGUUCACUCAAUAAUUCUGAAGUUAAGAGUCCUACGGCAGGAGUAAGUCAAAUUUCAAACGAAGCAGUUAAAAAUAAAUUACAUAACAACAGUGAAACACGAUGUAGUUUAAAAAUAUUGAGUAAUACUAUUAUUGAAAAAGCACUUAAACUUAAGAAAACCAAUCCUGGUGAUAAAGAUGCAGCUCAUAUACAACAAAACCCAAAGAAAGCGUACCCUAAAGUUAAUGAAAUCGCUUCUAAUCUUGAUUUACAACACAACAAUAUUGAGGUUUCCGAUAAAGUCAAAGAGCCAAUUAAAAGUACGAGUACUGAACAAGUAGACACUAAAGCGAUGAAACAUGUCGAUAAAGUUGUUGUUCAAGACGCAAGCAGAGACCCGGCUGGUCCUAACUCUCCCGUCAUACCCUGUACUACCAUAACCUUUAGAACUGCUCCGCUGAAACCGAACCAAACCAAAACCAAACCAAACGAAAACAGUGUCUCUAGUACUCCUCAUACCGACACCGAAGUUUCCUCGCUACGUAAUAUGGUUGAAUCUCUUCCUCAAAUUUCUACUACAAAUGAAUCAAAUGUAACCAUCUCCCGAUAUUCAUCUUCUUCAAUGUCAAAUGAACCUGCGGUAUCACAGGGGAAUAUUAAUAGUACUAUGGCGUCUACCCAUAAUGCAUCUAGUAUAAAAACGCUGAGAAUCACUGAAUUUAAGAAAAUAAGCAGUGAUCCGCGUGCUGUUCUUAGCAGCCUGGAUUACAAUGUUACGGCGAUGAACAAACGCGCACUAUCCAAUCCGAAUGUGCCAAACCCGUAUCAGUACCCGACCAAAGGAGCUGAUAUGAUAAAUGCAGUUAAACCCCCUACACCUAUUGAAAACAACAUGACAGUCACUAACCUGAUGAUUAACAACCAAACGAACCCUAACCAGAAGACUAGUAUGCCACCAAGCUCCCAAAUUCCUUCCAAAUUUUCUGGCCAUAACGCUAUAAUACUUAGAAGACCUCCAUUGCCUCCAUCGAGAUGUCCACAAAAUAAUCCUACCCAAAACCAAGGAAAACCUAUUCAAACGGUGGUUAACAACAGAUUUCAGUAUCAACCAAUGUUACCGGGACCAAGACCAUUACGAUUUCAUUACCCACCACCGAUUCCACCACCGCCCCCACCACCUACACCCCCUAAUAAUCACCCGAGUUUCCCACAAAUGAGACAUUCGGCUCAAAGGUUUGUUCUGCCCAACAGAAUGCCUCCUACUCAUUUACGAGGAACGGAAAUGGGUUCAAAGCAAUGGCGGUAUUGUAACCCGCCACUUCCCCUUGUUUAUCGGCCUCCGUUAUCCGUUCCCAGACCACCAAGCCCUCAAGUUAACCAAGAUUCUUUCAUUGGUAAUACCGCUAAUGGUGCUCCUAUCAAAAAAAUUAACAUACCCAUGUUAACACAGACCGUCGAUGAUAAACAUAAGAUGCUGACCGAACUUAAUAAUGCAAUGAUGUCUCCAGAACUAACAAAAGACCAAGUUGACGACCCACCUAGAAAUCUGAAGCGUAAAGCUGACGUACUAACAGACUCGGUAAAUCCGAAAUAUUCGAAACCUGGCCCUUUGUCUAUGAAAACGAACACAACCACUGAUUCCGGUAAUGUGAAAAUUCCUGAUAAAUUGUCUCCUAACACCGGGUAUUCACCUCCGAUAUUACCUAUAUUUACAUACCAGGAAUCUUUGAAAAUAUUUUCUCCAAGCGACGGUAAGAACUCUAGAAAAUGUGCUCCCACCGACUCACAUCAUCGCACUCCGUUGAAAAGAACGAUAUCUACAGCAAAUAUUAGGAAAUUAGAUAAUAACAACAAAAGAAUAUCUCAUCAAGAUAGCGAAAAACAAGAUAAAGCCAAGAAGAUAUCUUUCGAAGAUUACAGAAAAAGAGUUACAAAAGAGGACGUUGACAAAAUAGAUGUUUUUAAAGUGAGAAAAUACAAGGAGUUUAAAAAUGCAGACGAUUAUAACCAAGACCAGGGCUAUGACUCCGAUUCAACUGUCAAAUUAUAGUUGGAGAUUUUCCUGUGGGUAGAUUUUAAGCGACUAGAAUAUAGUAAAGAUGAUUUAUUUUUUAUUUGCUUUUGACCAGUGCUGUUAUUAGAUAUUUAAAAUUUUUAUGCCGAUGUGCCACAAAAUAAGUAAAAUUAUAAGUAGGUAGGCGUCAUGUUAGUAGUUACUAGAAAUAAAUACCUAUGUGUCGUAGGUAGGUAUACUCAAUAAUUUUUCAGUACAGAUGGUGUUUUUUUUACGCACUAGUGCGAGAAGUGGUUCAUUAUGUAUGGCAGGUCGAAACUUCGGAGGGCCA